AUGCCCGACAACCAGCCCCCACCGCUUAAGCCUCCGGCGCCGACGGUCUCGCUGCCAUCGAGAAGCUCAGUAGAGAGCCUGUUCAUGGGCGGGCCGGUUAUCAGCCCGGGCCCGAUGACCCUGGUCUCGAGCUUCUUCGCUGAUAAUGACCCUGACGGCGAUUGCCGUUCCUUCUCUCAGCUUCUCGCCGGCGCCUCGUCGUCUCCAGCCGUGGCGCCUAGCAUCGGGCAGGAUUUUGGGUUUCAGCAGAGUAUACCGGCGGGGUUGGUGGUCUCUCAGCCGCAGGGGAUAUUCGCGAUUUCGCCGGGGCCGAGUCCGGCUAGCUUUCUCCAUUCGUCAGGGUUUUUCCCAUCAAAUUCGCAGGGUCAGCUAGGAACAGCACAUCAACAAUUCCUUGCUCAAGUGAAUGCUCAGGCGCAACGGCUCAUGCACUCCGAAUAUCCAGCUUUGCAACAGAACAUGCCUCCCCCGAACCCAAACUCAGACCAUAACACAAAUAAUGAGCCCAACAAAAUAUCUCAAUCUGAUCAACAGAAAUCCCAACUUUCCAACUUAAAUGUGGAUAAACCAGCUGACGAUGGAUACAACUGGAGGAAAUACGGGCAGAAGCAAGUGAAAGGGGCUGAGUAUCCCAGGAGCUAUUAUAAAUGCACUCAUCCUAGUUGUCCUGUCAAGAAGAAAGUCGAGCGAUCUCAGGAUGCUCAGAUAACGGAGAUUAUAUACAAGGGUCAGCAUAACCAUCCCCCGCCCAGUAAGCGUGCAAAGGAUAACUCUGAAUCUGAGGGUCAGACAGGAAAUGUGAACGGGGCAAAUGAGGGGGUGACUGGUAACAAAAAUCAAGAAUCUAGUCAAGUUACACCCGACCAUGUGUCUGGAUCGAGUGAUAGUGAUGAAGUUGGCAAUGAUGAAGCUGGAAUAAAUGGAAGAGACGAGGAUGAGCCCAAUUCGAAAAGAAGGAAUAUCGAGGUUCAGCCUUUAGAGCAAGCAUCAACACACCGCAUUGUUACAGAGCCUAGGAUCAUUGUCCAGACGACGAGUGAAGUCGACCUCUUGGACGAUGGUUACAGGUGGCGGAAAUAUGGCCAGAAGGUUGUCAAAGGGAAUCCUUUCCCAAGAAGCUACUACAAGUGCACCAUCCCAGGCUGCAAUGUUCGGAAGCACGUGGAAAGGGCUCCGAGCGAACCAAAGGCCGUCAUUACAACAUAUGAGGGGAAGCACAAUCAUGAUGUCCCUGCUGCUAAGUCCAGCAGCCAUAGCUCCACUGGUUCCACUUCACAGUUGAGAUUUAGACCUCCCAACACAAUACCUAAUACACAAAUGAGAAAUACGAGAAUGGAUUUUAGGAACAAUGAGCAGCAGCCUCCUGUUGCAUUUCUCCGUUUUAAGGAAGAACAGAUUACAUGA